CUGUUAACCGGGCAUUUUCAAUAAUCGGCACUCGUGCAUUUAUUGGCAAAUAGAGACGUGUGGGGCGGGCAUAUUAGGCUAUUGAACACGGCGCAAUGGGCAAAAACAAAAGGAACAAUAAACAGCAGCACAAAAAUAAACAGCAGGCUGCAACGUUACCAUCAGCGAGUGCUACUGAGACAACAACAACAACAGCUAAGGGUAAGCAUGCGACCGGCAACCACAACAAUCAUCAUCAGCAACAAAAUAGUAGCGUCAACAAUAACAUAAACGGAACCCGCUUUCCGACCUUCAACACCAAGCAACGUAACGAACUGAACGCUCUGGUUUUGCGUCUUCUGGAGCUCGCCCAUGCAGUGCCCAGCAAUGCCAACGAGGAAUGGAAGCAAUAUGUGGAUAUGCAGCAAUUAUUGCAACGCAUUAUGGCCAUUGAGGAGCCGUUGCAACGUCACAUCUGCAUGGACGCCAGCAAUGCCAAUGAAAAGAUGCGCUUAGCCAAGGUUGCGGCCUUCAGUGAUUGGGCAAAGGCGGGUGGAAUACAAACGGAUUGUGUGGAAAUAGCCGUGUUUCCCGGCUAUCAGUUGGGUCUGCGUGCCAAGCGAGACAUAGCGGCCAACGAGCAGGUGCUUACUGUGCCCCGAAAGCUGAUUUUUAGCGAGGAACAUUUACCCGAAUCGGAUCGCAAAUUGUUCUCCAACUUUCCGCUCUUGACGAACUUUAAUUUGGCCUAUGCGUUGGUCAUUGAAAAGGUUCGGGGCACCCAGAGCAGUUGGCACCCGUAUAUUGAAGUGCUCCCAGCACGCUACAAUACGGUUUUAUACUUCAGCGUCGAGCAAAUGCAGCGACUUCGCGGCACAUCAGCCUGCACGGCUGCGUUGCGUCAGUGCCGGGUGAUUGCUCGCCAAUACGCUUCAAUGUAUAAGUGCGCCCAUAUCCGGAACGAUUCGAGCGUAAUGGCAUCAAUGGGUGUGCUCUUCACCCAGCAUGGCCUCUGCUACGAGCUGUAUCGUUGGGCCGUGUCGACGGUCAUGACGCGUCAAAAUUUGGUGCCGCGCGAAUAUUUUCCCCCCGAGGCGAACGCCGACGAUUUGAAGGACUCGCCAAUCUCUGCGCUCAUACCGUUCUGGGAUAUGGCCAAUCACAAGCCCGGCAAGAUUACCUCCUUCUAUGGCAGUGCGGCUCAGCAAAUGGAAUGUGCCGCCCAGGAGGCGUACAAGGCGGGCGAGCAGUUCUUCAUCUACUACGGGGAUCGCUGCAACGCCGAUAUGCUUGUGCAUAAUGGAUUCUUGGAUCCCGACAAUCGCAAAGAUUAUGUCAACAUCAAGCUGGGCCUGAGCCCAACGGAUCCGCUGGCUGAGCAGCGAGCCAGUCUGCUGGCUCGCCUCAAUAUUGAGCGGAAAGCGGAGCUGCGCGUCCUGCCGGCACCCGAUUACAUAUCCGGAGAGCUGUUGGCCUUUGUGCGGGUAUUUAAUAUGAGUGCCGCCCAAUUGGAACACUGGCACAGCGAUCCGGAGCGAACUGUAGAUUUGCUGCACAUUGAUUGCGCCCUCGAGACGGAUCACGAGACACGCACCUGGCAGUAUCUGUAUCAGCGGCUCAAACUAUUGCUGGGCGUGUUUGAGGCCACACAGGGCGCACUCGAGGCAAGUCUGCCCGAUGGUGGUGCGGCGGAAAAGCUGCAGGCACUGCAAGUGGAAUGCAACGAGCAGGUGGAGGGUGGAGGCCUGCCCCAGAGGACUGAGCUUGAGAUUGAUUUGAUGCUGUUGCAGUAUCGCCGACUGGAAAAGCAGAUACUGGCCGAAGCCCUGCAGUACGCCCAGGAACGUUGCAAGGUAUAGGCUGCUCCGGGCUGGAUGGUGUGGCUUGGAGUGGAGUGUGUGGAAAUUAAAUUGGUCAGCAGAUGGUCAGCAUUAAAUUGUCAUGAUAAUUAUAUAACACAUCAGCCCCAGUCCCAGCAACAACAACAACAAACCAACCAAUUCUUAAGUGGCCAUUUAUGCGGAGUUAUUCCGCAUUAGGAAGUCUCGAGCUCUGCCUCUUAGUCACAUAGAAAGUAAGCGUGAAAAGUGUUUUAUAAUAUAACAAAAUACAAUUUAUUAUUAUUAAUAUACAACUAUUUUUUUUUGUAGUAUUUUGAACGUGCGUGCUAAUAUUUAAUCGUAAUUUAUUUUGGCUCAUUCAUUUUUGAAUUAAAUCGGGCGUAGGAACUGUUCAUACAUUUCAACAUGUAUUUAAAUGACACACAAACGAGCAUAAAUAUACAUAAAUAAAUAUAUUAAAUCAUUAUGAAAAUAUGCAAUUAAUACUCGUCUCUUUGAAUUUGGCAAUUGCAGUUGAAAUGCAGAAAUCGAAAAGCAUAAUUAAUACAGACAUACAGAAUGUACAAAAAUUGUACGCUUUUUAAUUUAGAACUCAUUAUUUAUAUUUGUUUAAUGUUUGUUUUAAAUCUAAUAAAUGAAAAGUUAUAUGCGAGAAAUA